AUGCCCCCUGCCGUCCGCGUCUUCCCCAGACGAAAAGCCCUCCAUGGCGCCCUCCUCUUCUACAAGGGUAGCCGAGGCGUCAACCUCAAGCUCUCUACCAUCCAAGCCCUCUUCCACCUCCCGCAGACUAAGGCUGCCGCCUCCCUGGGGCUGUCUCUGACGGCGUUCAAGAGCGCGCGCCGGCGGCUCGGCAUCUCCCGAUGGCCGUACGAGCGGAAGGCGUCUGGCGACAAGAAGAUCGCUGCUGCACAGCGGAAGCCACGGCGGGGAGGACGGGGGGCUAUCAUGAGGAGGAGGAAGGCGGGGAAGGAGGAAGGGAAGGAGGAUACGAUGGUGUAG